CUACUAUAUAACAAAUAAUUUGAGCUACAGGUAAUGUCAACUCCAGUUCAAUAUGUUCCUCUCAUAAGUUCUAUAGAUCACACAUUUUGGACCCAACUCAAUGCUAAAAAACUCGAUGAGCUGAAACUGGAUGAACGACCUCUGGAUCUCACUGCUUUUUAUACUAACGACUGUAAACCAGGAUUGCCAGCUCACCUGACGCUAUCUUACGACAGUUUUACUGACAAGCCGGUAGACCGGGGAACUGCGUACACUGGAAUCGUACUCAAUACCAAUACAGUCGAAGAGUUUAAAGCUAAGGAUUUCGGUGGAAUACUUAAGUCAGCCGGAGAGAAGAUCUGGUCAACAUUCAAAGAUGGAAGUGCGGUAGAGAAGCCAGUGACAAUAAACCAGUUCUACUGCGUGUGUUUCGCAGAUCUCAAGAAAUACCGGUACAACUAUUGGUUCUGUUUUCCCGCGUUUGUUACCCCAGCUGCUGUAAUGGAGAGGAGCACACUGGGAGUUAAGUUUACUAGUGAACAGAAGGAAAAGUUCCGCUCAGCAGCUAACCUAGGGGCAACGUUUUUAGACAAAGAACAAAACGUGAUACAAGACAAAAACAAUGCUAUCUCCAACAUGGAGUACGUGCUGAUAAAGGAUCCUAGUACGGACAGUGAACACCCUGGCUGGCCUUUACGCAACUUAUUAGCUCUGGUCUCCUUCCAUCUAAAAGAGAAGAAAGUAGUAAAAGUGAUAUGUCUACGAGAAAACAAGGUAGCGGGUCAGCAGAGUGUAGAUCACUCCCUGUAUCUGGAGGUCGAACUUGAGCCCCUCUCAAACACAGGGAUGCCUAAAGUUGUCGGAUGGGAACGGAAUACGAAAGGAAAACUAACUUCUAAAUUUGUUGAUCUAUCCGCUUCUAUGGAUCCUGCAAAGAUCUCCGAAUCAUCAGUUAAUCUGAACUUGAAACUGAUGCGCUGGAGACUUCUCCCUGAGCUGAAUCUGGAGGUGUUGCAGAAGCUGAAAGUGCUGGUGCUGGGUAGUGGCACUCUCGGGUGCAAUGUGGCACGGUGCUUACUGGGCUGGGGAGUAAAGAAUAUAACUAUGCUAGAUAACGGUAAGGUCUCGUACAGUAACCCUGUCAGGCAGAGCCUCUUCAACUUUGAUGAUUGCGGUAAACCAAAAGCGGAGACUGCUGCAGCGCGGAUAAAACAGAUAAACCCUAGCGCUGAGUCCCGCGGGGUUGCCUUGUCAAUCCCCAUGCCCGGUCAUCCUGUCACCAAAUUAGAAGAGGAGAAGGUGAAGGAGAGUAUAACUGAGUUAGAGGAGCUGAUUGACUCGGUGGAUGUGGUGUUCUUGCUAACUGAUACCCGGGAAUCACGCUGGCUCCCUACUCUUAUCUGCUCUUCCAAACACAAGAUCUGUAUAAACAGUGCACUUGGGUUCGAUACUUACCUGGUGAUGAGGCACGGUGUUAAGGGGGAGUGCGAGGUGCUGGAAGCCCCUCAUAUUGGUGCUAGCACUAUAGCUGGCUCCCAGCUUGGGUGCUACUUUUGUAAUGACGUUGUAGCUCCUGGAGACUCCACUAAAGACAGGACCUUGGAUCAGAUGUGCACUGUGACCCGACCCGGAAACGCUUUCGUGGCAGCCUCGCUGGCUGUUGAACUCAUGGUCUCUAUUCUCCAGCAUCCACUCGAGGGACAGGCUCCAGCGACUCUAGAUCUAAACGACGAGAAGCAAGACAGUUGUUUGGGCAGAGUGCCACACCAAAUUAGGGGUUUUCUGGCACACUUUUCUUCUGUUCAGCCUGCCUCUCACGCAUUCGACAAGUGCACCGCCUGCUGCAUGGAGAUAAUCUCCAGAUACCGUGAAAAUAAAAUGGGGUUCCUGAUGGAGGCUUUCAACGACGCUAAUUAUCUAGAAAAAGUAUCAGGACUGGCUGACAUGCUCGAGAAUACCAACUUUGAUGAUGUGUGGGAGUUUGACUCGGACAUUGAAUCAGAUUAACAAUGUGGACUGGACAAUAUCAUGGGCUGAACAACAUGUGUUACUUGUUAAGCAAUAAUUGCUAAUGGAUUUUAUUAUACGAAUUUGAUGAUGACAUUUAAACGAGCGUAUUUAUGUUGCAAAUUGAUUUUUAACAUCGGGUUUGAUACCAUGUAUUCUAGUUAAAAUAAUUGGCUUGAUUCAUAGUUUCAAAUUAAGUUUUCAAUCAAGCUGGCCUUGAUUGUUGAUUUCAAGUAUUUGAUAAUAGCUUUUGAAUGUGUGUACGUGUCUGAAGAUUACUUUCUAUUGUGAUUUCGUAA